UGUUACAAAGACGUAUGUGGCUGACUUAAGAAAUAUGACAACUGUCAAAUCAGACAGUCACGUCACGGAUGCGAAAACUCACUGUCACUGACUUGUCAAAAUACGCUUAGAUUUUAUUUAGGAUAUCGUCAGUGAUAAAACUGCUCUUUAUAAAUAUAUUUUUGGCUUUAAACGCAAAAACUUGAAGAAAAAGUGAAGUAUGGCCGAUCAGGUUGAACCGCCUCCUCUAUUCGAAAACGUGAACAUUACAGGAGAGGACAAAGAAGACGACGAUCUUUUUGUGUCCGCCCAUCAGGAGGCUGCGUCACAAUCCGAAGGAAAGCCAGCGGAAUUACUUAACGGAGAAUCUCAUUCGCCUAGCGAGCCCGUCGCUACCCCUAGAGCUGAGAUGGAAAACAUCCCCAUCAACAACGGUUCAUCUCGUCCUGCUAGUAUGGACCAGGCAGAUCGAAACAAUCACGAGGGUGGUGAUGAUUUCAUCGAAAUCAGCAUAACAGAACCGCAGAAAGUUGGAGAUGGCAUGGGCGCGUACAUGGCAUACAGAGUUACGACCCGUACAAACAUGCCCGUCUUCAAAAAACGAGAAUUUGCGGUGACGCGCAGGUUCAGCGACUUUUUGGGUUUGCACGACAAACUGACAGAAAAGUAUUUGAAAGUUGGAAGGAUUAUACCUCCAGCGCCAGAAAAAAGCGUCAUAGGAACGACGAAAAUAAAGAUAUCUGGGCAGAAUGAAGGGCAGUCUAGCAAUGGAAAUGAGUUUGUUGAAAAGAGAAGAGCUGCUUUGGAGAGGUAUUUGAAAAGAACUGCUCAACAUCCGGUACUGGCGUUGGACCCUGAUUUUAGAGAAUUUCUCGAAUGUGAUAUUGAAUUGCCAAAGGCGACUAACACGUCAGCUCUGAGUGGCGCUGGCGUCAUGAGAUUAUUCAACAAAGUAGGAGAAACAGUCAACAAAAUCACAUACAGAAUGGAUGAAACAGAUCCGUGGUUUGAAGACAAGCUGGCUCACAUAGAAGCCUUGGAAACUCAGCUGCGUAAGCUGCACACAAACGUGGAAGCGAUGGUCACAUACAGGAGAGAACUGGCACAGUAUACAAAUGGUGUAGCUCGAUCGGCUGCAAUGCUGAGCGCAUGUGAAGAUCACAACUCCCUGUCACGUGCUUUGAAUCAACUGGCUGAUACAGAGGAAAAGGUUGAAGCUCUGCAUUUAGAGCAAGCCAACACGGAUUUCUUCAUACUGUGCGAAUUGCUGAAAGAUUAUCUGGGACUGUUAGGAUCCGUUCGAGAUGCUUUUCACGAACGCACGAAGUUGUUCCAACAUUGGCAACACUCGCAGCAAAUGUUGGCUAAAAAGAGGGAGGCCAAGGCGAAAAUGGAAUUGACGAACAAGUCGGAUAAGCUGGAUCAGGCUUGUGCGGAAGUCAUCGAGUGGGAAGCAAAAGUAGAGAGAGGUCAAGAAAAUUUCGAUCGGAUUUCACAGAUGAUUAAGAAGGAAGUGGAUAGGUUUGAGAAGUGCAGGAUUCACGAUUUCAAAAUAAUGUUUAUAAAAUACUUUGAAAAUCAUUUGGAGCAUCAGGCACAGCUUGUGAAAUACUGGGAGAGCUUCUUACCUGAAGCAAGAGCGAUUGCUUGACUAGAAGAGAUCUGCAAAGAAUAGCAGCAUAUACAUUCCUAUUGGAGGUUUCCCGAGUUCUAGAAUGCUUGCCUGCGAAUAUGGGCCAUCAUAUUUUAUUACCGUUUUUUAGCAUUAUAUUCUAUCCUAUCAUGCAUAUGAAAAAGUUAUUUUUCUAUUAUUUCAUUCUUGAAAAACCAAAGCAAAGUUAUAUUAUUCAUUAUAUAUUUUAAGUUUUACACAUUUUUUUUUUUCAUAAGAAAGCGUCGCGCGUUGAAAAAGCAGAAAAAUAGCAGAAUAUAUUUUUUUGAAUACGUUUUAUUUUUAUUCCUCUCAUUUUUCUGUAGCAGCUCUAGUUUUCGAGAUAUAAGUAAUUUAAUAUUUUAAAAGGUUUAAAAAAUGCUUAAAGAUUCAAAUUUGAAUUUUGAAAAAAAUUGAAUUUUGAAAUUUGGCAAAAAUUGAAUUUGACAAAUUGGAAAAUAAUUUGAAGAUUUGGAAAUGUAUUUUGAAAAAACUUUGGAAAUUUUGAAAAACUUGGAAAAUAGAAAUUUCAAAAAAUUUGGAAAUAAAUUUAGAUUUAUAGAUAUACCAAAAAUCCAAGCCAAGUCUAAGAACCUAAAAAAAUUUACGCCACUGGAAACACGUGGGUUUUGAGAAAAAAAUGUAGUAUAAACUUUUUCACUGGAA